UCCUUUUCCAAUAAGCCUGAGGAAAAUCAGCUCCCUCCCCAUGAUGAUCCCUGCAAGUUAGCUGAUGAUUUUGGAGAGUUCUUUUGCCGGAAAGUUGACCUAAUUAGAAAUGAUAUUGAUGCUAUUACUGUUGUUCCACCCAUUCUAAAUGUUCCUACACCUGAGAACAAGUUUGAGAAGUUUGAUGUCCUCUCCGAGGAAGAAGUUUCUGAUAUUAUUAUGGGCUCUUCUAAUGCUAGUUGUCAGUUAGACCCGAUACCGACAUGGUUGUUGAAACUGUGUGGCAGUGAACUAGUUCCAGUCAUAACUAAAAUGAUUAAUCUAUCCCUUCAACAGGGACAAGUUCCAGACAGUUGGAAAGCUGCUUUAAUUAGACCGUUGUUAAAGAAACUGGGUCUUGAACUAGUAUAUAGGAAAUUCAGGUCGGUUAGUAAUCUUCCUAUGGUCUCCAAAUCAGCUGAGAAGGCAGUUGUGGGUCAGCUUUUCCGGCAUUGCUCUGAUAAUGCUCUACUUCCAGUUCAUCAGUCAUCCUAU